AUGCAUGAUAUCGACGGUGUCUCAGGUAAUGCGUCGUUUCUCGAAAACAGCAGACCAGCAGACCAAUGCCACGCAGGCUCAGGUGCUCAGGAAGGCCCUCGAGAAACGACCAAGCAACCGGUGAUUACCGAGGGGCAACUGGUCAAUGAAGUGAGAGGAAUAUAUGCCAGACUUGUCAUGCUAGAAAAGAAAUGCAUCGAAAUCGGCGGACAACAAUGGCACUCAAAAACCGAACUAUCACAGGCUCAGUGGCAGUCACUCGUCUCACUACACCGAACACUACUCUACGAGUAUCAUGACUUUUUACUCGCCUCCCAACACCCGUCAGCUAGUCCUAUUCUUAAAGCCUUACCUGAUAAGCAUGCGGUGCCGGCACGCAUGUGGCGCUAUGGAAUGCUUUCAUUCUUGUCGCUCUUGCUUCAGAAACUUCCCGGCUCAAUGGAGUACAUGCUCAACUUUAUCUACUUCUCGUACUCGAUGAUAACAGUUCUGUUAGAACGCGUCUCGGAUUUCAAUGAGACUUGGAUGGAGUUCUUAGGUGACUUAGCACGGUUUCGAAUGGUUAUAAAAUCCGACAAGAAGGACCACAAGCGCUGGGCAGAGAUAUCAAGAUAUUGGUACAAUCAGGCCGCAGACCGACGUCCAGAAGAUGGCCGCAUCCAACACCAUCUCGCUGUUUUAGCUCGCCCGGACGUUCUUCGGCAGUUCUUUCAUUACACGAAAGCAUUGACGAGUGUGCACGCAUUCUCUGAUGCUCUUGACGGCAUGACCAAGCUAGUCAGUCCUCUUAUGAGUGUGCCGCCCGAUGAAAGCUUGAUCACCUCGUUUGUGACUACACACGGCACACUUUUCAUGCAAGCUCCGGUUGAGGAAUUUGUUUAUCGGGCGAAUGUGUUCCUUGCUACUCUAAGUAACGAGAUUAGCAAGGUAGGCAGACAAGGUGUGCAACUCAUGUCUUGCAAUAUCUCUGCGAUAUUCCAAUAUGGGAGUAAAUAUGGAGUGAUAGAUCUCUCGUCGCAGCUUGCACUCCAGGCAAGCUCUCUCGCGUUUCACACAUUAAUUGUUAUGCUCGGUGAGAUCGGGGACCCAAAUAUGUGUCCAAGUGUGCACAUCUCAAUGGCAUUUGUGUGGUGUCUCACGCACAACCCAGCGGCCAUACAACAACUGGGACCGCUAGUCCCGUGGCCACGACUGGCAACGUAUCUGAAUUCCUUGUUCCAACCCGACACGAUCAUUUCGAAGGUCGAGGACGAGGCAUUCCCACUUCAUGAGUCAUCUAUACAACAGCUACCAGAAGACUUCUUGAUCAGAGGACAAACAUGGACCCGGCUUUACUAUCCAGAGAGAUUCUUCGAAGGGGCCUCUGGAGAAGACAACAGACUGUAUAUAGAAGAACAUUCGACUACUAGAGCACAUCGAUGUCUUUGGCUUGGAGUGCGGAUUGCAACUCGCACCGGCUGGUUGACAUACAACAAGACAAGACAUUUCACGCCAAGUUAA